UGGGAGCCCAUCAAAGGUGAGCUUGUUCUUCUAGGGUUACAGCAUAAGAGGUCAAGGUGAUUUGCCUGCCUUUGUCAGUGCUUUCUAUUGUUUGUUCAUUUUGUUGUUCGAAGCCAAAACCCUAGCAGCCGGCGAGAAUGGCAGACGUUGAGGUUGAUGCGGCGGCAGCGGCAGGGGCAGCGCAGCCGAAGAAGAGAACGUUCAAGAAAUUCAGCUUCAGGGGCGUGGAUCUGGACGCGCUUCUGGACAUGUCCACCGACGAACUGGUGAAGAUGUUCAGUGCGCGUGCACGUAGAAGGUUCCAGAGAGGUCUGACGAGGAAGCCCAUGGCCUUGAUUAAGAAGCUCCGCAAAGCUAAAAGGGAAGCACCAGCAGGUGAGAAGCCAGAACCAGUGCGCACCCAUCUCCGCAACAUGAUUAUUGUGCCUGAGAUGAUUGGUAGCAUCAUUGGAGUCUACAACGGCAAGACUUUCAAUCAGGUUGAAAUCAAACCCGAGAUGAUUGGCCAUUAUCUCGCUGAAUUCUCUAUUUCAUACAAACCCGUCAAGCAUGGUAGGCCUGGUAUUGGUGCCACUCACUCUUCCAGGUUCAUUCCUCUCAAGUGAAAACCUUACCGAAACUCUUGUCAGAUUUUCUUUUUAUUUAAGCAUUUUAUUUUUCACUUGUCUGUCUAUCAUGACUUGAUUCCAUAGUAUCAACAUUUUAUUUAGUUUUUGAUUUUGUCAACUUCGAUAACUUGUUCAUUUUAAGCAUGGGAGAUUUAUGCAUCAAUAUUUGUCCAAGUAGUCUUUUUUCUACUUGGGUUUGUGAAUGCGUUAAUGGAUGAAUGCAAACUUAUUUGGAUGA